AUGGUGAAAACCUUAACUUACAAUAAGUACAAUGACCUAUACACUGUGAAACGUAAAAGUGUAAAGAUAAGAAAAAAUAUUAAAAAAAAAAAGCAUAGAAGCCAAGAAAAAUCAAUUAUAAUUAAAAAAAUUUUCAAAUUGCUAUUUAAAUCGGAGCCCUUUAUACACAGCUCCAAUAUAUAUAUCAACGAAGAACGAGCAGACACAUAUUUCAUAAUGAGGCCUCAAAAAUAUUUCAAUAACAUGCACGAUCAAUGUCUCACAUGUAUGGACAAAUGGAACGACAAUUUUGUUCAAGUGUCACAUUCAAUACAAAGAGGUUCUAGAAAAACGGAAGAGCACGAUAGUGACAUUAGUAACGAAAAUAAAACAAAUAGUGAUCCUACAAAUAUGAAUGAUAUUGCAAAUAGAUUCAUUCCACAUGAUGACAACUUAAAAAAAUCUCUUUAUAGUAAAUCAGAUGUGGCAGAAACCGCUUCAGAAAAAAGACAAAGUUUCAGAUUUAAUACCAUAAAAAAAAAAAAUGUUUUCACAAAAAAUUACAUCUCCAAGUGUAAAAAACAAACUGAUUUGGUAGACGAGAUUGUUACAAAAAAAGUGACAAAAGAAAAAAAGAAAACAUUAAACAAUUUCAAAAUAGAAUCGGAUAAAAUCAUAGAAAAUAUUAAAAAAUGGAUGAUGAAGCAUACUCAUCUAUCGAAAACAAUUGAUAAACACAAUGACAGAAGUAAUAAAGGGAUUCCAUCAUUAGGUAUACAAAAAUUCUCUCAUAAAUGCAUAAACUACUUUAUAGAAAAAAAAAAAAGAGAGAGAAGAAAAAAAAACAUGGAUGAAUAUACUAAUAUACGAAAAAAUUUGAAAAACAUAGAAAAUAUCGAGCAUUUAAAUUACAACAAUGUAAAUGGUGCAAAAAAUAAGACUCAUAAAAAUGAAAUACAAAUUCAACACAAAACAGUUAAUGAGAUAACCCCUAAUAUAUCAAAUGGAGGCUAUAAAAAUAAUCAUAUCGUGAUAGAAAAGAACAAUAUAAAUAACACCAAAAUGUGUUUCAAUAAAAAGGCAGAAAAUAACUUUAUCCAAUUAAAUGAGUACGAUAUUUUGUAUGCACAUGCAAUGGAUGAAAAACAGACACUACAAGAAGGCGAUUACAUCAAGAAUACACAUACUUCUUAUCACAAUAACAGCCGUGUUGGUAACAUAGGUAUGAACGUAAAUUUGAAUAAUACACAAGGAUCAGAUAUGAACGAACAAAUUAACAGUUACAAGAAAAGAAAAAUUGAUAUCCAUAAUUAUAAAAAUGUACUAAUUAACAAAUCUAUAAAUGGUGAAAAUAUUUUAAGCCAUUAUUUUUCUCUAUGUCAAAUUGAUAAUCCAGAAAAUACCAUUCCUCACUCAAACUAUAGCAUGAGUAAUAAUAUAAACAAUCCUCCUCAUCCCAUAGGGUUUAAUCAACGCAUUAUUUUAAGAGACGAUUUAAAUUGUAUAAAUAUGGCUAUAACUAAAAAUAGUGAAUACACAAAUGAUGUUCAUAUGCCAGAGAAACAUACCUACAAAUUUUGUGUAACGAAAAUGUGCAAUUGUGACAACCACAAAGUGAAAGAAAAUUUAGUAAACCAAUUAAAUACACUUAAAAAUAAUAUAUGCAAAAAGUAUAAUUAUUAUAAACAUAAGGAAAAAAUCAAGAAGCAAGAACCCAGAAAAAACAUAAUAUUUAUACAUGGUUCAAAAGAUACACAAAAUGUAGAUAUAAAACAUGGAAUAAAUAAUGCAAACUCAUUACCCAAAUUAAACAUUCAUGAAGAAAAAAAAAAAUUAAAGUCCAAUGAAGACAGGAAAGAAAUUAAAAAUGCAACAAAUUCUACCAAGGAAUUCUCAAAAUAUAUUAGUCCCAAAAAAAAAAUUAAAAAUUCAUCCCUAAUUUUCGUAACCCCCACUGCCACUUGUACCACCAGUGAUGGAGUUACUACAUACCAUACCAGACAUAAUAGUUCUGUCUCCAAAGAAAAAGACAAUAAAGGAUUUUUCACCACAUAUAACAACUUAAACAAUGUCAAAAGUUCUAACAAAUUAAAUAACUUACAGAAUUAUCAUGAUAUCUCUCUGAAAAGAGCAAAUUCGCGAAAACACGUAAUAGAUAACAAAAGCAUGCAUGUGAAAUCUAAGGAAUUCAAAAAAAGAGAAAGUGAAAAUCAAAAUAUUCCUUCAAUCGAUAAGAAAAAAAAACGAAGCCUAAAAAAGAUCUGCAUCUCCAAAUUAAUUAACUCUCAAUUAAGUGAUGCUACUAAUGAGACAUGCACACACAAACAUAUUAAAGAUAAAAAAAAAUUACUUCUCGAUAAAGAAGAGAGAAAAAAAAAACUACCCACAAAGCCAACAAAUGGUAUAAAUCACUUAGGAGGAACACCUGAAUCAAACUUAAUAGCAAGACACAAUUCAAAUGCCUCUUUGAAAAACGAGAAAAACUUCUGCAGUAGCACUAACAUAGAGAAAUUGGAAAUUAUGAAUGGAUCUAACAAAUUGCUUAAAAGAAACAAGGAAUCUGAUUCAAAUAAGACAACCAAAUCAGAUCAGAUGAAGAAAAAUAAGCAUAUGGAUAAUAAUUGCAAAACAGUAAGUUUUAUUAAAAAAGAUGUGAAGACUAAAAAGACUAAGAAAAAUAAUAAAAUCAAAGCAGACACCAUAAUAACUACCACCAAUGCAUUAACUUCUGAAUUGUAUGAAAUUAAAAAACUGAAGUUAGAUAAAUCGAAAAACCCUCAAAAUAUUUUAAAUAAAGCAAUCGAGAUUAACAUUCGUAGAAGCACAAAAGAUGUAUGUGGAUCCAAUUUCAUAGCAACAGAUAUUUGUAAUCAUCUAAACGCAAAUUUGGAAAUAAAAGAAGGAACAUUGAAGGGUGAUAUCUAUGACAAUGCAAAAGCAGAUCAAUCUUUUCUUGACAAACAUUCAAAAUGUAACAGUAUAAAAACAGAAUAUGCAAGCUCUGUAUCAUCACCAGUUUAUAACGUUAGUGGGGAUUAUAAUGAUCUGGACGAAAAGAGAAAGGAGACAUGUUUUCCAAAUUCUACAAAUGUUAAAAGUCAAGAAAGCAUGCUAUAUGAAUUAAUAAACAAAAAUGGCAAUAAAAGUAUAAUUAAACAAUUUAUUGAACAAUCUGAAUUGCAAGAAAAUCCAUAUACAAAUCCUUACAACCAAUUUUCCGCUCAUGGAAUAAGCAAAAUUGAAGAAAUUAACAAUAUUACCAAUAAGAAAACAUUUGAAGUAUCUGCAUCUAUGGAGAAAUACUAUGACAAGAUUGAAAUUAAGCACAUCCAAGGAAAAUCUGAUAAAAAUAAUCCGAAAUCGAAAAAAGGAAAUUUAAUGAAAAAUCAUGAAGAGGUGCUUUACGAAUUACUAAACCGAGAUGAUAAUAAAAGGAAGAUUAAAAAGUUUAUUGAAAAUUCCAAACAGUAUGAAAAGGAUGAAAAAAACGAAAAUAAUAACCUUCCCACUCGUAAAUACACCACAAAUGAAAGUCAACAAAAUGGAAUGAUAACAAAAAAUCUAACCAAUAAAUUUACCCAUGGUAAUAAUACUCCAAAGGAAGAAGACAGUAUUCAUAAGAAAAAAUUGCAAGUAACUAUAUCUCCUAAAAAAUAUUCCAAUGUUGAUGAAAAGAUAAAACGUAUAAGUAUUUCUUCACAGGAACAAAUUAAAAGCCACGAAAGUUUGCUGCACGAAUUAUUAAACAAAAAUGAUAAUAGAAUAAAAAUUCGAAAUUUUAUCAACCAAUCUAAUGAACGAGAAAACAGAAUCAACCAAAAGAAAGAUGAAAACAAAAAUUGUCCAAGUAAGAUUCCAUCAAAAAUUGAUUACGCAAAAAAAAGGAAUGACAAAAUUGUAACAUGUAAUGUAAUUGUUACUCCUCCAUUGUUGAACUAUAAUUUAUAUAAUGAUAAUACACACGUUGCGAAAAAUGCAACACCAAAAUGGAAAAAUGUAUGUGUACGUAAAAAAAUAACAAAUCAAAACAUUCAAAAGUAUAGAAUUCCGAAUAAGAUUCUUAACAGAUAUGAACCACAAAACAAAAUAGACACACGAACUAAAAAACAAAAUGAAGAAAAAAUGAUACUUAAAAAAGGCAUCACACUGAAUCACAAACCUGAAAUUAAAAACAAAUUUAUGAUAAAUAAAAAAGCAGAAAAAACUAUUAAUACUGUAAAAAAGAGCAAUGUACAACAUCAUGUCUCUACUAAGAGCACCUUCCGUAGAAGCAUCAACAAAAUGAAAGAGACUCAUAAGGGGAAAGUUAUCACACCAAAAGGGGAAGAAAAUAAUGACAAAUUUAUUCACACAAAAUUGCACAAUAGUACUACAAUAAAUGAAAUUUCGAAAUACUCCAAAUAUAUAAAUAAUAAAUCAGUUAGUAUUAAAGACAAAAAUGGGUGCAAAAAUGAAGACAAAAAUGGGUGCAAAAAUGAAGACAAAAAUGGGUGCAAAAAUGAAGACAAAAAUGGGUGCAAAAAUGAAGACAAAAAUGGAUGCAAAAAUGAUGACAAAAAUGAUGACAAAAGUGAUGACAAAAAUGAAGAGAAAAAUGAUGACAAAAGUGAUGACAAAAGUGAUGACAAACAAAAUAUCUUAUUUAAAACUUUGACCGCGAAAAUAGAAUUACAACAUAAACAAAAUACAAGAGUUCAUGUAGUAUAUCACCCUUCGAAGGUGAAAAAUUUUUCACAAUUACAAAAAUGCUAUUCUUAUAAGACACAAAAUAAAAAAAAAUCUACGAAUGGGUUAAACACAAUUAAAAGAUUCAACAAUAAGGAAAUUGUUACUGGUCAAACCAAAGGAAAAUCCAACAAAAUAAUUCUUAGCAAACUAUGUAGAAGAAAAGAAGCUACCGAAAAAUGGCACCUAAGAGAUAUUAAACAAGCAUCUCAAAAUGAAGACAUAGAAAAGGAUAUCCUUCGACCCAAAAUAUUUAACAACUUAGGUGUCGUCAUAAAAAAAAGAAAAAUACUCAUUAACUUAAAAACUAACAUAAGAACCAAAGUAAGGAAGAUACUAAGCAAAAUGACAAGUAAGAAAAGCAGUUCAGAAAUGAUAGACAUAAAUAUGGUAUCCAAAUUUCAGCAGAAUAACCAAAAUAAUGGAAAGAGAAUAUACCAAAAUGCCUCCAAUAAAGAUGAUUAUAAAGUGAACCCUCCACAUCUAGCAAUUACAACCAGUAAAAAUAUACCAUCCCUAGUGACUAAUUCAUUUCGAAAAAUGCACUGUAAACGUGUAUAUAUGAUACCACAAAAGAAAAUUAAUACACGCAUCAUCGAACCAAAAGAUGAAAUAAAAUUUGGUGCUGUGUUUGGCAAAAUAGUAAAUCAAAAUUUCAAAGUCAUCAAAGGUAAAAGCACAGAAACAAGGUUCACUUAUAAUUGCAAACAGUUUUUCACCCCUUCUGUGGGAGUACACUUAUUUAGCACAGUAAAAAAUAUAAUUAAUAACAUAUUAACUUCUCCUCUUUGUAACAAAUUCAUUCAAUUUAAUGAAAUAAAAAAGAGAAAAAUAAUAAAAAAACACAAAAACAUUACACAAAAUGGGAGAAAUUUUGAUCUCUUAUCAGCAGAAUAUGUAAUAGUUAGUGCAACCAGAACGAGAACAAUGAUUGUGCUCUAUUUCCAUUUAACAAAAGAAACUAACAAUGUAAAGGAAAUGGAUAAUACUAUUCAACAUUUAGAAUCAUGUCAAUGGAACGUUAAAAAGAUUAACACAUUAAAAAUGUGUGCUCAAACAAACCAGAUUAACAAACUAGAACAAGUCAAAUUAAUGCGCGAAAUGAAACAUCAACUAGUAGAUGCAGACAAUACUAAAAAAGAAAAUUACAAAGAAAAUAUUAUUUUGCAUCAUCAAGUGUCAGAAGAACAUGUAAAAGUACAAAACAAUAACUGUACUAUGAGCAGAAUAAAAAGUAAAAAGUUUAACACCAAUAACAUGGAAAAGAAAAAUAUGAAUUUUAACAGAAUGGUAAUCAUAACGGUCCUACAUAAAAAAUUCAAAGUAAAGAAUAUUUUUAUGUUAAAAAAAAAGGAGAAAAAAACAAAAAGUAAAGUAUUAACCAAAUGGUCACAUUACUUAUCCACGGAGGAAUCCAGAAAGCUACUUAUUAUCAUCCUCAGAAACACGAAAAAAUUACAUUUCACUGUAGAUGUAAAGAACACAGCCAUAAUAAGAAACAUAUGUAAAAUAGAACAUUUUAAAAACGAAAAAAAAACUCUAUUGGAAGGAACACAAAAAAAGAAAACUCUUACAAUUUGCAAUGCACUGAAUGACACAAUGGCAACACUACAUAUAUACAUGAAGUCUUCUAAAAAAGUGAAUGUAAAAAAAGUGAUCAAUAAUGUAUGCAGAAAAAGAAUUAAAAAAAAGUCGAAGAAAAAAAAAUAUAUUAAGAUGAAUAAAACCAUUCCCAUGUCUCAGAUGGAGACAGACAAAAGAGCAACAAAUCAGCGCAUAUUUCCAACUAAUGAUGAGGGAAAAAACCAAAUGGAAAAGAAAAACAUCGCAUUGUGGAACUUAGAAGAUCUAAAAAACAACAUAUUAACCAUAAAGAAUGUCGUAAGGGAAAACUUAGGCGAAGAGAAAAAUACUCUAAUGGUUGAAGACCUAAAAGAGGGGAUUAGGCAGACAAAAAGUGGGAUCCCUAUAAAAUUACCAAAUCAGGUUGACAAUAAAAUUGAAAAACAAAAAGCGCAACAAGUUAAUAGCGAUAUAGAAAAAGAAAUAUUAACAAUCAAAAAACUAAUAAAAGAAAUUCUAGCAGAAAUGAAAAACGGAGUAGUGAAAGAAAUGAAAAUCAAAAAAUCCAAGAAAAUGAAAAAAGAAAAAACAAAACAUAAAGAAGUUAACACAAAUCUUAGAAUUAAUGACUUUAAUAAAAGAGAAUCAAAACAAAAAAAGAAAAAAUACACCUUAAAUCGGAAGGAAAAUGAAGAAAUAAUCGUAACUACCGAUAUUUUCAAAAAUGAAUCUCACAACUUAGAUGUGAAUGUGCUGAAGAAUAUGGAGAUGAAACAGUGCAUAGAGCAAAUACAAAGCAAGGAAUGUAUGGAAAUACUCGAUCAAGAUAUUACAAUAUUAUCAGGAUUAAGCGUUGAAAAUGAUGUUAUGAUGGUGAAGGAAUUAAUUAACAAAAAUGACACCAUCUCUGUGGAAGAUGCUUAUAGUCUAAACGAUGCUAUGAUUGCCGUGAGUAACAGAAAUGAAGUUACCACUCUGACAGACACACAUGUAUUUGAUACUGUUUUAAUGGUAAUAGAUGUGAAUCGGCAAAACACAUCUCUUCUGGUGGAUGACAUAACAAUCCCAAAGGAUUCUAUGCUCCUGAUGGAAGUAAAAAACCAAAACAACGCUAUGGUUCUGUCAGAAGCAAGAACCCCAAACGACAAUGUAUUCCUAGAUGUUGUAUAUAGCAUAAAUGAUGUUAAAGAAGUGGAGGAUCCAGGGAACCAAAAUGUUUCCCAGAUGGUAAAGCACAUGGAACGAGAAAACAAAGAAAUAGAAAUAGAAGAUUCUGUGGAUGAACUAAUGAGCAAAUUGCACGGGUACGAAUCAGCGGAAGAACUCAUAGAGGAAAGUACAAAAGAUGAAACAAUUAUCCGGGAUAUAAAAAAAGAAGAAAUACGAAAAGAAAUUAAAAAAUUAAUUGAAAUGGUUAAAGAACUAAAACGUGAAUAUAUGAAAGAAAUGCAGAAAGAAUCUGUCCAAAAUAACACAAAAAAAGAAAAUUUAAUGAUAACAAACCUUGAAAAUGAUAAUUAUAAGGAGAAUAACGAGGCACAAAUAAUGGCACUACAGAUAAUCAACGAAAGGACAUUGGAUGAGAACUCGAAAAAGGGCAAUUAUAUAUUUCAAUAUGAAAAAGAAUAUGAAAUUGGGAUCAUAAAAGAUUCCCAAGGGGAGGAGAAAUUUUACAAACCUGAUAUGAACAAAAUCAUAACUAAAUCUCCGGAACAAGUCACAAUAGAAGAUAGUAUAAAAAACUACAGUAAUUUGAAUCACUCAAGCAAUGAAACCGUUACUACAUACUAUUCAAGUCCAAAAUGUAGAAAAAAAAAAAAAAAAAUUAAAGGAAUUAACAUAAAGUUAAUGAACAGAGAGAACUCUAAAAUGGGUAAUUUAAACCAGGUAAAAAUGAAAGAACGGAACAAAAAAAAAAAAAAAAAUUUGAAGGAUAUUAUAAAAGAUAUACUAAAUGAAGAAUAUUUAAAAAGGAUUCUUCGGCAUAAGGAUGAAAAACAAAUUCUGCACGAAGAUGUCAAAAAUAAAAUUUCCCUUGACCUAAUAGGAGAAAAAGAAUACACAAACGUUGAAGGGUGCGAAAUAAUUUAUAUCAAAUCCCUUGGAUGCGCAGAUGGGAACAUGUGUUCAGGAAAUACCUCAAGUGACGAAAUUGCUACAAUUGUUGGGAGUGUGCCCUCAACUGAUGAAAAAAUCCCAAGGACUGAAAAUUUCUUAGGUGCUGAAAAAUCCAUAAGUACUGAAAAUUUCUUAGGUGCAGAAAAACGUAUGACAUGUGUUCAAAAACCUAAACGUGAUAAGAAACACAUGUGUAGCGACGGCGAGUGCCUCAUAAAUGGGAAAAAAAAUACCAAUGAAGAAAAACAAAAUAAAAACCCUUACACAAAAAUCGAAGCAGAUGAAAAAUUAAAAAAACUUAUGAGCAGAAAACGAGUAACAUUAAACGAAAAUUUGGCCAUAACAAGGGCAUUUUUCAAUGCACAGAAAAAGGAUAAGAAUGAAAAAGAAAGCGAUGAUUUCUUCUGUUCGUGCUCAUAA